CGCCCGCCAUCACUGGCCUCUGUCCUCACCUUGUGUUGCUGUGUCUCAAAUAAAAGAGAAAAGAGAGCCCUACUACUACUAGGCACUCUUCAGGGUUUCCGAUUAUCCAUGGCAGCCAUCAGGGCAUUGUCAAAAAAACUCAUGUUUUCAACUCAUCUAUCCAAUCCUAGCCUCGCCUCGCCGUCUUCUCUAUUACCGGUGGUUUUCAUUUCUUGCAGAGGCAUAGCUUCGCUCUUCGUCGGAGGGCUUUCGUUUUCUACCACAGAACAGAGAUUGUCAGAGGCAUUUUCUGAAUACGGCCAAGUCAUCGAAGCUAAUGUAGUGACGAAUAAAGAAUCCAAACGAUCAAGGGGUUUUGGAUUCGUCACUUUUUCAUCCAAGGAUGAAGCUGAGAAAGCAAUGGAAGAAAUGAAUGGAAAGCCACUCGAUGGACGGGCUAUCUUUAUCGACUAUGCAAAGCCUGGACAGAGGCGACGACGAGGUGGUGAAAUGCCUAUUGCUAGAGGACCCCCUGAAUCAGCCCCGAAUAUUCCUCCAUCUUUUGAUCUUAAGUAAAUUGAUUCCUAUUACAGAUGUGUUGGUGUUUGGCUGGUCGAAUAGUUUUACGGAUCGAGAUGCUACAAUAUGUUAUGGUAUGAGCGCAACUCUACAACCUCUAUAGAUAGAUUAGAUAAAUAGAGAAAUUGGUAGCUGUUUGGUUGA